CUUGCUUCCUUUUAUCUUCUAAAGAGCAUCGUGAUAAUAGUUUAAUUACAUAAUUCUCGUAAAAUAAAUCCAUAAUAACUUGUUGAUUUACAUUCUACGGCUCGGAUUAAUGACGUACCGAGUUGCUACAGAGACGCGACUCUAAGGCUCAUGGUGACGUGGUUGACUGGACUAAAUUUGCUCAUGACUUUAACGUCAUAGAACCAAAGUCAACAUCACAAAUCCAAGUCUUUUGACACCAGUUCUCAAUUCAAUUCAGUUCACAAACAAUUGAAGCCGUCCAAAUCAGCCAUCAUGUCUCUCCGCAUCUCGCAAUCCCUCCGCCGCGCAGCCCUGCGCACCAGCCCAUCGACCCUCCUCAGAACCUCAAUCAUAACCCGCCGCUUCGAAACAACCUCAUCCGAACCCUCCCCCAAGCCCAAAAGGCGCAUGACCGACAUGCCCGUCCUCUACUCCGCCCACGCCAAAGUCGUCGGCGCCCGCAAGGGCCACGUCGAGGCAGAAUCCCUCAACGUCGACCUCACCAUGUCCAAAGCCCUCGGCGGUCCCGGCGACGCAGGCAAGACUAACCCCGAGGAGCUGUUUGCCGCUGGCUACGGCGCUUGCUUCCAGUCCGCCAUGAACGCCGUGGCUGCCAGGGACGGCAUCACCAUGCCUACUUCUCCCGAGGACAGUAUCGUUGAGGCGACGGUGCAUCUUGUCGGUGAUAUGCAGGAGCUUGAGAUGUGUCUUCGUAUGGAUGUGAAGAUUAUGGUUAGGGGUUUGGAGCAGGAUAUGUUGGAAUCGGUUGUCACGAAGGCUAGGAGGGUUUGUCCUUAUACUAGGGCCGUCAAUGGUAACGUCUGGACGAACUGGGAGGUUGUCAAGAUGGAUUAAUUAAAUAACGAGGAAAUUGUAUAUUAGUAACCAUCCUAGCGCGGUACUGCCCUAACUUAUACCGUUCACAUUGUUGACUUAAAGAGAAGAAUAAAUAAGGUUGUACUUUUUACUUGCUCCAAGC